AUGAGGACGGCUCUCCUGUUGGCCCUGUGUGUUUCCUGCUGCUUGGUCAAAGAGAGCAGGUCUGGAUUUAGCACCAGUGUACAGCAGGUACAGUCUAUUUCAAUUAACCAACAAGGCUCGGUCCAAACACAAGAACAUCUACAAGGGAAGAAAUCAACAGUGUCAGCAAGCACUGCUGUUCAAAACCCUUCAACAGAUGCAGGCAAGGCUGCAGAGGAGUCUGCAGACAAGGCUGCAAAGGAGGCUGCAGACAAGGCUGCAAAGGAGGCUGCAGACAAGGCUGCAAAGGAGGCUGCAGACAAGGCUGCAAAGGAGGCUGCAGACAAGGCUGCAAAGGAGGCUGCAGACAAGGCUGCAAAGGAGGCUGCAGACAAGGCUGCAGAGGAGGCUGCAAAGGAGGCUGCAGACAAGGCUGCAAAGGAGGCUGCAGACAAGGCUGCAAAGGAGGCUGCAGACAAGGCUGCAAAGGAGGCUGCAGACAAAGUUGUAAAAGAGUCUGAAGAGGGAGCUGUAAAGGAAUCUAAAGACGGAUCUGACUACACUGAGGAGAGCGCUGACGACUUGCCGUCUUCUAAGGGAGGCGCCCACACAGUGGAUGGUCCCCAGGCAGCAGAAAGCAGCCACUUCUUCGUCUACCUCGUUUCCACUGCAGUGCUUGUGGCUUUGCUGUACGUCGCCUACCACAACAAACGCAAGAUUAUUGCCUUCGUUUUGGAAGGGAAAAGAACAAGAUCCACGCGGCGACACCCAUCUGCAGAGUACCAAAGACUGGAACAGCAACCGUGA